AUGACUAAGAAAAAGAAACCUCCUCGUCAAUCCCAGUCCUCCCCCCCUAAAUCCCCUCCAAAAAUCCCCUCCGACUCGUCUCUCAAUUUCACCUCACCCACGGAUCUUGUUCCCUCCCUUCCGAUGGUCCCUCCAGCGGACAUUACUCUUCCUUCGGUGUCUUCUGAUACUUUGCCAGUUGACCCUCCAAGUGUAACUCCAGCGGCGUCUUUGGAAUCUCAGACCCAAACCCUAGAUCCCUCUUCUGAGACUUCCGACGAAGUGGUAUCUCCUCCGAAAUCUGACUGGUUGGGCCUCUUUAAGGGACCUAGAGCAACUAUGAAGAAGAAAGGAACCCCUUUUCUCCUGGAAUCAGGUGAGAUUUGUGUGAAGAUCCCAAAUGAGGUCAUUACCAAAAAUCAAAACAAAUGGGAUGCUUUCAUACUGGGUCAAUUCCAUGGAAAUCUUCCUCCACGAAACACUCUCCUAGCUAUUCUCAAUGGCAUCUGGAGUAAUCGCGCUAAGGAUAUCACCGUGUCCAAGCUAGGACCGAAAUCUGUUCUCAUCCGGAUUCCUUGUCCAUUGACUCGUCAAAAGGUUAUAAAUCAGGGCAUUUGGCACAUAGAAGGGCAAACAAUGUUUGUAGCAAAAUGGGAACCAGGACUCACUCUUGCUGCCCCUGAGAUGAGUGAAGUUCCUGUUUGGUUGGAAUUCACUGGGGUUCCUCCGCAGUUCUUCAAUGAAGAAGGCUUGGAGCAUGUGGCAGGAGCUCUUGGGCACCCGCUAUACCUACACCCAUCCACCGCAAAUCUGACAAAUAUAGAGGUGGCAAAGGUGUUCACAAUCAUAAACCCAUCGGUGCCAAUCCCGGAAGUAAUGAAUGUCCAGUUUGAAUCUGGAGUUAUCAACCGUGUGGAGGUGAAUUGCCCUUGGCUCCCACCAACGUGUUCCCAUUGCCAAGAGAUUGGCCACACUAUCAGGCGAUGUCCGACAGCUCCGAUAACGUGUCCUACUUGCAAGUCGUCUAGUCACUCUCAGGAAAACUGCCCCCGAUCCAAGAAAAAUUUACCUCCCGGGAAAUCAUCUACUGAAGAUCCAGCGAAAGAUCCUCACACUUCAGUAAAUAGGAAAAAUCCCAGUCGCAGGAAAAAAGAGAAGAAAAAGAAAAUGGAUCGUUCUUCUUCGCCCAUCCCUUCGCCAGAUAAGUACUUAAUUGUGGAUGAUCCAAAGAGGAGUCUUUCGAUUGAGGAAAAGUCAGCUGAUAAAAAGAGUGGGAAAAAAUUAGCAAAGUCCCCUCAGGGAGAUAUUGAUGGUACUUCUCGUCUCAGUCGGAAAUCGGCGAGAAAAGCUCGCGUCGUCUCUUCAUCCUCAGAUAGCUCAGAACAGGAAUCUUCAGAAUCUGAAAGCUCUGAUAGUCCAGUCAGCGACGCCUCUUCAGACCCUCUUUCAGAGGAUGAUGACAACCCGACAGUAGACACUGCUUUUACAGAAGUUAUCUCUAAAAAACAGAGAAGAUAUGGGAAAAAAGCUGCGGGGAAGGUCCCCAAAAAAAUCUCAAUAAUUUCAUGA